AUGUUGUUCCAAAACUUUGUCCUCGCUUCGUUGGCCGCUACCUUCGCCGCCGCUUCCCCCAUCCACAAGCACCAUGAACACAAGAGAGCUGUGGAAACCGUCUACGUGACCGUUGGCGGUGUGCAAAAGGCCGCUGCUCCCACUGCCGCCCCUGCUGCCCCCGCCACCUCGGCCUCGGCUGCCCCCUCUUCGUCGGCCUCUUCGGACUCUUCGUCGAACUCUGGCUCGUCGGGUGUCGGUGCCUCGGGUGCUAAGGGUGUUACUUACACCCCUUACACCUCCGGUCCUUGCAAGACCGCUGAACAAGUCAAGUCGGACAUCGCCAAAUUGUCGGGCUUCGACAUCAUCAGACUUUACGGUGUUGACUGCAACCAAGUCGAAAACGUUUUGUCGGCCAUUGGUGACAACCAAAAGGUUAUCCUCGGUGUCUUCAACGUUGACAACUUGGACUCGGAAUUGAACACCUUGAUCUCCGCCGUUAAAGCUCACGGUGGCUGGUCGAAGGUUGACACCGUUACCAUCGGUAACGAAUUGGUCAACUCGGGCCAAAAGUCCGCUGGUGCCAUCAAGGGUUACGUCAACAAGGCUAAGGGUAUCCUUCAAGGUGCCGGCUACAACGGCCCCGUCACCACCGUUGACACCUUCAUUGCCACCAUCAACAACCCUGAAUUGUGCGAUGCUGGUGACUACGUUGCCAUUAACGCCCACGCCUUCUUCGACGGUGGUUACGCCGCCGACCAAGCUGGUGAAUGGUUGCUCGGUCAAAUCCAGAGAGUUGCCACUGCUUGUCCCGGUAAGAGAGUGUUUGUUACCGAAUCGGGCUGGCCCUCGCAAGGUUCCGCCAACAAGAAGGCGGUGCCCUCGAAGGAAAACCAACAAGCUGCCAUCAACUCGAUCAAGCAAAAGUGCGGUGACGCUACCGUCUUGUUCUCGGCCUUCAACGAAGAAUGGAAGCAAGACUCGGGUGCUACCUUCGGUGCUGAAAAGUACUGGGGUAUUUUGUAA